UGCGUCUCCCAAUCUCCACACUCUUUCUUUCCUCUCUUUCUCUCCUCGCUCUCUUCCCUACCCUUGUCGCAUCUCUUUCCCCGCAGUUCCCCUCUCGCCACGACUACCAGCAUGGGUCGGCUAAGCAGCUAGUGGCCUCUCGUCAAUACCGCGUGGUUCGAGAUCUCCUCGAUGUAUGCGUCAAUGUAAGCCUAGACGUCCUUGCUAAUGCCACUCAGUUGCUCGGCCUCGAAUCUCUGCUCGGCCCUCUCGAUAUCAAUCCCGAUAUUCAGCUUUGCUUGUGUCUCAAGGACCUCGACAUCUACUUGGACACUAACGCCGACAUCCAAGCCGUCGUUGGCCUGCUCGGAAAGGACCCUGUUCGCGCACUUAUCACUGCCCUGGUCAACACGUCGCCAGAUGCGCACCAAUGCACGUUCCCCCCGCAUGCGCACCACACUUGCAACAACAAUGAUCCUUGCCAUUGGGGCUGUGAUGAAGGUUAUAUUCGCGACGGUAACACUUGCGUCUGCCCUCCACCCUACACAUCGUGUAACGGUGUUUGCGGCUUGUUCCGCCACGGCUGCCCUUCCGCUGUUCCCAGGACAUUACAACCCCGGGCCGCCAUCGUUACUUUGGCCCAAGCGAAGGCAGCCUGCGGAAGUAAUGCAGAGGUCUGCGGUGUCAGUGGUCGAGAAAACUCGAUGGCCUUUGAAUGUGUGGACACUGAGACGACCAAGGACAGUUGUGGCGGUUGUAUGGCUCCCCAUCCCUUCUUCGAGUCGGAGCCCGUCCGGCGCACGACAGGUCAGGAUUGCUCCGCCAUUCCCAAUGCGAAGAGUGCCGGGUGUUUGGAAAGCCGCUGCGUCGUCCAUACCUGCAAUGAUGGUUGGAUCCCAAGCGCUACCCUGGACCAAUGCAUCCGCGACCCCGCUCAAUCCGCGCCGACCAAGGUAGUCCGAAUUCUGAAGCGCUCAACGCACUCAGCCUCUCCAAGCGCAACUGCUACCUCCAACGUCAAUCCCGACGUGGUCUCUCAACUUCUCAUUGUCGUCGAGCAUGUCCUUAACCUGAAUGCUGCCUGCCCUACCUCUCUACCCUCGACACUACCUGCAACGCCCGGCACCCCAUCUACUUCUGACAUCGUUCCUGCCCUUUUGAACGACAUCUACGACGCUACGGGCAGCCUUGUGACAUCCUCUACUGUUGACUCCCUUGUUGCAGGUCUUGGCUCCCUUCUUGACACAAGUUCGCUCCUUGGUUCGAUGCUGGGUACCUGCGGCUGUGCGGACGACCUUGGGUUGACGAACAUGGUGCAGGAGCUCGAUGUCCUGAUCCGUGUCCUGCUGGACCUGCAAGACUUCUGCGGGCAUAAUCCCGUCGUUACAAGUCCAGGCUCAGGCAGUGGCUCCAACACUGUCAGCAGCUCCGGCGCAUACAGCACUGCUCACUCUGUCACCUCUGUAGUAUCGCACCUCCCUCCGGCUGCAUCGUCGCCUUCGUCUUGUUCAGCUUGUUCGAUACCGUCGACAUCUGACGGCUCGGCGCUCAUCGUUGGACUGAGCGACUUGCUCGGUGGGCUUCUUGGCCCUCACUCUGGCAUCGUUGUAGCCGGUUUGCUGGGAAAUGAUUUGGACAACUCCCUCAACAAUCUCCUCAACAGUCUUAGUCUUGGUCCCAACAAUUUCCGUAGGCGCCAACUUACCACAAAUGCGAAUACAACCUCUCUCCUCACCCAACUCGACACGCUCGUCGACCUUAUACUCGACCUCAACUCCGAAUCAGGGUCACUUCCUUCUGCAGGCUCUGGUCAUUCAAUCAUCAACUCUGGCCUCGUCGACAGCGUCGUGAACGCCUCGAUUUCUCUUCUUUCAGCUCAGACUUACGUCCAGUUGGUUUAUGGCGUCGACCAGCUGGUUGGUGUUAGUCUCGCAUCUCUUCACGCGUUUGACCAGUGUGGCUGCCUAUCCGAACUCGGCCUUCAAGCUACGUACCGCGAUAUUGUCAAGAUCGUCGACGUCGCCCUCGCUCUGCAACAAUACACCGAGGCUCAGCCCGCAUCCUCGUCUGGCGGUGUCAGUGGCCCAUCCGACGGUCUCUUCCCCAGUGCCGGCGCUGGAGAACCUCUGGUUGUUGGACUCACCAAACUUCUCAAUGGACUGGGCAUCGGCGGCUCUGGAGGCGUGGUUGUUAGCGGCCUGCUCGGCGAUGGGGUUGACAGCACUCUUAAUUCGCUGCUCGACGGCCUGAACCUUGGACCGCACGGUCUCCGUCGGUAGG